AUGGGCAGGUUGCAGGCCUCUAGUCCCAUGAGUUUCUGGGAGAACUUCCGUUCUCCCGGAGUGGACAUGUGGAGCUUAUUUGUUGGAGGCGACUCCAAACCGCCUCAGCAGAAACAAGGAGUCCAUCCCCUGAAUCCACCUGCGUCUCUGGGCAAGCACAAGAUUCACGAAACCUAUCGUACAACACAAAUGUUACUUCCUUGCGCAGUGCUGCAUGCGCUGCUCUACCUCUCUUAUCUUUGCCUUCUUAUUCCAAUUCGAGAUAUAAGAGCAGAACCAACGCUGACCUUAACACAAUUCAAUCUAUCAACUAUUAUUUUUGCUUUUCCUUCCAUGUACGGACUAGCACAUCCACUGAUAUGUCUCACUCGACAUUUUUAUCUCAGACAACGUGUGGAUGACUUGUUAAGUGCCAUUCUUCAACGAAAUCCUCCUAUAACCCUUGAUCCAGCUACAGACGACGACGGCCUAGGUGUUCAUGUAACGCCAGAGCUUAGCAGCAUCCACAGCUUUCGAUCGGAACACGACCGCCGUGUGGAUUUUCAUGUGGGACCCGAACAGCAUGCUCAGAUCCUGGCAACAUUCUGGGGGAGAGAGGAAAUGGUUCAACAACGAGCUCCAAUAUGA